AUGCAAAUGUUGGACUCUCAAAAAAUGGACCACAGAAAGCUGGUUGAUCAAAUAUCGAAGCUCUCACAUGAAAAGAUAUCUGUCCCCGAACUGAUUACCCUAUUAGACAUUCAUUACAACGACAUGUUCCACGUAAACCCAUGGAUGAAAAAGGAAAUCAAAAAACUAGCCUAUGAAUUUGUCAAAAAUGAUCCAAAUCAUCAGCUUUCAAAACAUGAUGCUUGCGACCUCGUAGAAGCGUUUAUCAAUGUGCCGUUAACAUCGCUUGAUAAACAGUCCAUGUCAUCUAAUACUCCCUUACAUUCCACAAGUAUUGAUGAUAUGUCUACUGAUUUUUCCGUAGAUUCCAGUCUCUUACCUCAGCCUGUUCCAUUUACCCACAGUUUAUCUCGAUUCCCUUCUCCUGAGAAACUUUCUGAUAACUCUUUUGUUGCAGCAUUCCAGAAAACUCAAUCUCAUUUUGCAUAUUCAGACUCCCUAAUUGAGUCAGCUUUUUUAAAUAUCCAAAAUUGUAUCGGUUCUAUCCAGAAUGUCAAGAAAGAGGAUAUUUCGUCUCAGCUUGUCGGAAUUCGUAAGGAAUCAGAAGCUUCACUUCCCUCCUUUAGACGCCGUUCUUCCUCGAAAGUAAUAUCGGAAAUUACAGAGUCCAACCCUUCCCAAAAAGACAGUACUCCGUCACCCAUUACUGGCGUGUGGGAACCUUUUCUAUCUUUCUACUACAUUAAGGCUAGCAUAGUCCUUUUGAUUGCCCUUGUCCUCUUUUCCGUUUUCUACACUUCGUCUAAGCCUAAUCCUUCCAAAACUCGUCCCUCGUAA